UGCCCAUCAAUGCCAGCUGUCAGUGCUCAUCAAUGCCACCUGCCAGUGCCCAUCAGUGCCACCUAUCAGUGCCAGUCAGUGCCACCUACCAAUGCCAGUCAGUGUCACCUAUCAGUGCUGCCAAUCAGUGCCACCUAUCAGUGCCAGUCAGAGUCGCCUAUCAGUGCCAGUCAGAGUUGCCUAUCAGUGCCAACUAUCAGUGCCACCUAUCAGUGCCAUAUAUGAGUUCUGUCUUUCAGUGCCCAUCAGUGCAC